AUGCUCAUUCAGAGACGGCUCAGUCCCACUGGCGGUGCCUCCUUGAUGGCCGCCGCCCUCACCCGUCCUCACCGCCCCAGGAAGGACCUGACGGCGCUUCUGCAGCUAUUCGUCUCCGGCGAGGCCAAUCAGGCGAGCCUGCAGCAGGCCCACGCGCAGGUGGUGGCAUCUGGCCUCCGCCACGACACUUUCCUGGGCAACCUCCUGCUGGGCGGCUACUCGAGGUGCGGGUGCCUUGAGGACGCGCAGACACUGUUCGACGGUAUGCUCCAGAGAAAUCUGGUCUCAUGGUCGACCUUGAUAUCCAUGUACACGCAGCACAAUCGUCCGGCGGAGGCGUUGACUCUCUUCUCGUCCUUCCGAUGGGUCUCGUCACAGGCCCCCCGGGAGUUCAUCCUCGGCAGUGUUCUCCGCGCGUGCGUGCAGCUACUGCCCGACGAUCACGCUCCGGUAAUCCAUGGCUUCGUCGUGAAAUCAGGGUUCGGCUCGGAUGUUUACGUGGGCACAGCUCUGGUGAACUACUACUCCAAGGCCGGGCUCAUGGAUGCGGCAGCGUCGAUGUUCGAGCAGCUCCCGGAGAGGAACUCCGUCACCUGGACGACCAUCAUCUCUGGGUAUUCUCAGGCCGGGAGGACCAGCGUUUCAUUGGAGCUGUUCAAGAAGAUGAUGGCGUCUGGUGCUUCGCCCGAUAGAUUUGUCCUGUCCAGUGUCCUCAGCGCCUGCUCGUCCUCGGGUUUCCUCGAAGGCGGCAAGCAGGUCCAUGGAUUCGUCUUCCGAGCUGGAGCAGAGCUCGACGAUUCGGUGAGUAACGUGCUCAUCGAUCUGUACAGCAAGUGCUCCAGAUCAGGGACUGCCCGCAAGGUGUUCGACCAGAUGACCCACAAGAAUAUCGUCUCCUGGACGACGAUGAUCGCGGGGUACAUGCAGAACCAGCUGGACCUCGAGGCGGUCGCCUUGUUCGCCGAGAUGAGCCGCGCGGGGUGGCGACCGGACGCCUUCGCCUUCACCAGCGUGAUGACCUCGUGCGGCUCUCUCAUGGCGCUGCGGCACGGGGAGCAGGCCCACGCCUACGCCGCCAAGUCUGGCCUCACAGACGACGAGUUCGUGAAGAACGGGCUCGUGGACAUGUACGCCAAGUGCGGCGCUCUGGCAGACGCAAAGAGGGCCUUCGACACCAUCCCCUGGAAGAACGCCGUCUCCUUCAACGCCAUGAUCGAGGGGCUCGCCGGCGCCGGCGAACUCACCGCGGCGGCGGAGCUCUUCGCCAGAAUGCGGCGAGAGUCGCUGUCCCCCACCCUGCUGACCUUUGUCAGCCUCCUCGGGGCAGCGGCGACUCACUCGGAGCUGCAGCUGAGCCGGCAAAUCCACGCCCUCACCGUCAAGCACGGCGUCUCCCUGGAGCUAUUCUCCGGCAGCGCUCUGAUCAGCGUGUACUCCAAGUGCUCCUGCGCAGACGACGCAAGAUCCAUCUUCGAGGAGAUGGAGGAGAAGGACGUUGUGGUUUGGAACGCCAUGAUUGCCUGCUACGCGCAGAACGGGCGGGAGGAGGAGGCCCUUUUGCUCUUCCCCGAGCUCCGCCUGCGCGGGCCGCCACCGGAAGGCUUCACCUUCGUCUCGCUGCUCGCCGCCGCCGGCAACCUGGCGAGACCCGUCCACGGUAUGCAGUUCCAUGGCCAGAUUUUGAAGGAGGGGCUCGAGUCCGACGCCCACGUGGCCAACGCACUCAUAGACACGUAUGCGAAAUGUGGGGAGAUCCUAGAUGCCCGCAAGGUGUUCGACGGAAUGCCCCACAGAGACGUCGUCUGCUGGAACUCCAUGAUUUCCAAGUACGCUCAACACGGGCACGCAGAGGAGGCCCUCGCCGUCUUCCGGGAGAUGGUGGCAGCGGGAGUGGAGCCCACGUACGUCACCUUCGUCGGCGUGCUCUCCGCGUGCAGCCACGUGGGCCUCGUGGAGGAGGGCCUUUGGUACUUAGAGCAAAUGAGAGUUGACUUCCGGAUCGAGCCGGGGACGGAGCACUACGCCUGCGUGGUCGGCCUGCUGGGCCGGGCCGGUAGACUCCGCGAGGCGAGGGAGUUCAUCGAGCAGAUGCCGGUGGAGCCAGCGGCGGUCGUGUGGAGGACGUUACUUGGCGCUUGUCAACUCUUCGGCGACGUUGACCUUGGAAGACACGCCGCCAAGAUGUCCUUGUCCGAGAAUCCUGGAGACAGUGGGUCGUACAUUCUUCUGUCCAAUAUCUUGGCCUCCAACGACAUGUGGGUCGACGUGGAGAAGCUGAGGGAGGGGAUGGACCUCGAUGGGGUGGCGAAGAAGCCAGGUUACAGCUGGAUCUAG